AUGGAGUCUUCUUCUAUUCCAUCAUUGGCAGUGCAAACGGAAAGCCUAACUGUGCCAAACUGGCUUGAACUUCCAAGAGAUGCAACUGUUAACAUCCUCCAGAAGCUGAAUACUGUUGAUAUAAUUACUAGAGCUUGUCAUGUGUGUCCCCUAUGGUGGAAUAUAUGUAAAGACCCUUCUAUGUGGCGCACCAUUCGCAUGAAUAUGGAUCUUACCUAUAACCGCGCAUGUUGGAAAAAGAUUUGUCACACUGCAGUUGGAAGAAGUCGUGGUCAGCUAGAAGAUGUUAAUAUAAAGUAUUUUGCUACCGAUGAUCUCCUUCAAUACAUUGUUGAUUGCAGUAAACAACUACGACGGUUGCGGCUAAUAGAUUGUCGAAGUCUAACGUAUGAAGGAUUUAGUGAAGCAUUAAACAAACUUCCACUAUUAGAAGCACUUGAUAUUUAUCAUUGCACAUUGUCUGAGGAUUUACUUGAAGUUGUUGGUCGACAUUGUCCUCUUUUGAAUUCACUGAGAUAUAGGAAUUCUAUUGAUGACGAAGAAGGUUACAUUGAUAUAAGUAAUGAACAUGAACUUGCAUUACUUGAGGAAACAUUUUGGAGAGUGGGAUUUUAUAAUAUCCUAAACACUGGGAACUUUGUAACAAAUGAAGGGGUUUCUGCAAUUCUUGACGGUUGUCCUCUUCUUGAAACUCUUGAUCUUAGAGGAUGUCGUAGUUGGGUGUUGAGUGAUAGUUUAGAGAAAAGGUGUCAUCAACAAAUCCAAGAUUUUAGAUCUCCUAUAUACUAUGUGUACUUUUCUUUCAAUGGACAGUUAAUACUAGGACCUGCUAAGUGA